AUGGCAAGAGAUCUGAGGGUCAGCAUGAAUCAUGACCUGGAGGUUGAUAUCGCCCCCAGAGAACCAAAAAAGUUCCCCAAACAAGCACGAGAAUAUCCUUCAGUCAAGAUUAAUCGAUCCCAUCUCCAGUCUGAGCAGAGGAAGACACGGCAAAGAUAUAUGGAAAAGGAUGGUAAAUGUAACGUACACCAUGGGAAUGUCAAGGAAACUUAUCGUUACUUUACAGACUUGUUUACUACACUGGUGGAUUUUAAGUGGCACAUCAGCUUGUUCAUCUUUACUCUUGUAUACACACUCACAUGGCUUUUCUUUGGUCUCAUCUGGUGGUUCAUUGCUUAUAUCCGGGGAGACCUUGAACACCUGGAGGACAAAAACUGGGUUCCUUGUGUGGAGAAUUUGAAUGGAUUUGUCUCUGCAUUUCUAUUUUCCAUUGAAACCGAGACCACCAUUGGUUAUGGUUACAGAGUCAUCACAGAGAAAUGUCCGGAAGGCAUUGUUCUCCUCCUUAUCCAGGCUAUUUUAGGUUCUAUUGUUAAUGCUUUGAUGGUAGGUUGCAUGUUUGUUAAGAUAAGCCAACCUAAAAAGCGAGCAGAAACUCUGAUGUUCUCAAAUAAUGCAGUGAUUUCUUUGAGAGAUGAGAAGCUCUGUCUGAUGUUUCGUGUGGGAGAUCUCCGUAGUUCUCAUAUUGUAGAGGCUUCUAUCCGGGCUAAACUCAUUAAAUCCAAGCAAACCAAGGAAGGAGAAUUCAUUCCUCUCAAUCAGACGGACAUUAAUGUUGGCUUUGAUACAGGAGAUGAUCGUCUCUUCCUGGUAUCCCCUCUUAUCAUUUCCCAUGAAAUCAAUGAGAAAAGUCCUUUCUGGGAGAUGUCACAGGCACAACUAGAAGCAGAGGACUUUGAAAUUGUGGUCAUUCUAGAAGGCAUGGUUGAAGCAACAGGAAUGACUUGCCAAGCCCGCAGCUCCUAUGUGAACAGAGAAGUUCUGUGGGGUCACAGAUUUACCCCAGUCCUUAUGCUGGAAAAAGGAUUUUAUGACGUGGAUUACACCAGCUUCCAUGAUACCUAUGAGACUCCCUCACCCAGCUAUAGUGCUAAAGAUCUGGAGGAGUUCCAUCAAGGAGACAGGACCAGCCAACAACUCUACUCUCCCAGGGUGCAUGAUGGAACUCAGAACGGGGUACCCAGGUCAGAGGAUAUUGGAAAACAGCCAGAGUGA